AUGGAUCCCGAAAAGACUAGCUAUACGUCGGAGGUCGAGCAGAAGGCGGCCUUCGCCCACAAGGCCGAGAUCGAUGACUACCGAGCGGGUGCCAUCGAGGCUGAAGACGCCGAGCAUAACAUGACGGUUAUGCAGGCUCUGAAGGCGUACCCUAUGGCCUCCUUCUGGGCCUUUGUCAUCUCCUGCACGAUUAUCAUGGAGUCCUACGAUGUCUUCUUGAUGGGCAAUUUCGUAGCUCUGGAUAAGGAUUACGGUGUGAUCAAUCCCGCUACCGGGGAGAAGGUCAUUGCAACAAAGUGGCAGUCAGCACUCCAAGUAUCUGGACAACUCGGAGCUCUUAUUGGUGUCUUCUUGGCCGGACCUUUGACCAGUCGCAUCGGAUACCGCUGGGCUAACAUCGUUGGCUUGAUGGCUCUCAAUGCAUUCAUCUUCAUCUUCUACUUUGGAGACUCGCUCCCCGUCUAUUUCGCCGCACAAAUCCUCGAGGGUCUGCCAUGGGGUAUUUUCAUUGCCAAUGCUCCCGCAUACUGCAGUGAGAUUGUGCCGAUCCAACUGCGAGCUCCGGCGACCCAAAUGCUGCAGAUGUUCUGGGCUAUUGGAAGUAUCAUUGUUGGUGGUGUUGCCUUCCACUACAACGAGAACACCACGGAAGACGCUUACAGGAUCCCGAUUGCACUUCAGUGGCUCUUUCCCACCCCACUCGCCAUCCUCAUCUUCUUCUCGCCCGAAAGUCCUUGGUGGCUCGUUCGCAAAGGACGUUUCGAAGAUGCCGCGAAAUCGGUCGAGCGUCUUGGACGCAAGGAUCAGAUGAAGACACCAGAGACCAUUGCCAUGAUGCGCCGUGUCAUCGAAAUGGAGGAGACCCAAACCCAGCCCAACCACAUCGAACUGUUCAAGGGAACCGACCUUCGCCGAACUCUCAUCGUUUGUGGUGUCUACGCUGCGCAAAACCUCACGGGUAAUUUGAUCGCCAAUCAGGCAGUCUACUUCUUCCGACAGGCAGGUGUGAACUCGAACCUGGCGUUCGCCUUGGGUCUGAUCACCUCCGCUCUUCAAUGGAUCGCCGUCAUGCUUUCCUGGAUCUUGACCACAUACUUUGGUCGUCGUUCUAUCUACCUCUGGGGAUCCCUCGCCAACUUUAUCCUUCUGAUCGCUCUGGGUAUCGCUGGUUCCUUUGGUGCCUCUCACGCCGCCAACCUGGCACAGGCAUCGUUGGGUCUGAUCGUCUCCGUCUUCUUCACCCUAGGACCGGCUCCUGCUUCCUGGGUCAUCAUUGGAGAGACUUCUGCCAUUCGCCUCAGGCCUCUGACGACAGGUAUGGGUCGCGCUACCUACUACAUUGUCGAGAUUCCAUGUAUCUUCUUGGCUUCCUGGAUGUUGAAUCCAACUGGUGCCAACUUGGCCGGAAAGUGCGGUUACGUGUGGGGUGGUACCGCUUUUGUCUGUCUCGCAGUCGCCUGGUGGGGCUUGCCUGAGAUGAAGAACCGCUCAUACCGUGAGAUUGACAUCAUGUUCAAGCGUCGCAUCCCAGCACGUAAAUGGAAGGAGACUGUCAUUGAUGUCAACGAUGAUGAGUAG